CAAUGUACAUCGUCAAGAGAAGAGAAGGGAUCGGAAGAAAGGAGGGAGCGUGCAAGAGAGGCGAGCGGCGGCGCCAAGAUUCAAGGAGCGAGAACCUCUUCUUUCAACAUCCAUUGCGGCUCUCCGGCAUCCCUUCAAGCGCAACUAUGACAUCCAUUUCUUCUGUGUAGCCAAUCUGACGACGUACGUACCCCCUAGGUUAAGCGAGAAGUCAGUGGUCAGUCUUCUUCAGAUCGCGUGCUAUUCUUGGCCCUGUGCCGUGGACAUCUUUAGGUCGUUCCAUCUUGAUUGAUCUGAAAGACGAGAGGGACGUGCAUGCGGACAUGCAUGAGCUGUGAGAGACGUCAGCCAAUGAAUUACAUCUUUCCAAUAGCUGGUAUUGUUCAAACUGCUUCUGUAGGUUAUUAGCUACACAGCUUUUGAGGCGUGCAGAAAUCCUCUUUCUUUUAACUGCAGUAGUUUCAGAAAUCAAACCAAGUCCAAUGCAUUCUCGAUUUUCGUGAGUACUGAUUUCUUAUCGGAUCGAAAACUUCGAUAGACAUACGAUGGUCUCUGAUCUCGCCCUCUGCAAGAGAUGGUAUAUGAUCUGCAGAAUGGGAUAACUCCUGAUGAUCUCUCUCUGCAAUUUGCAGUUUGUGUCUGAGGAGAAGCGAUAUUCUAACACUUUCGAACUACAAGUCGAGAAUCGAACAUUUCCAACAAGUUAACCGAAAGAUUUUACCAGGCUGAACAUUCUUGGAGGAGGUUCUAUGGACACCAUGAUUGAACCUGCAUGCAGGCAAAGACAGCGCAACAACUGCAUUUUGAGGAACAUGGUUUCCGUAUCUUAUAUGGCUGGAAGACUUGCACCCUCUACAUUGCAUAGUCCGAUACAUUUUCAAGCGACAUGCAACAGAGGCCAAGAACAGAACUAUGACCAGUUCUCAGCACCCUUAUUGACGCAAAAAGAAGGGGAGAAUGUCAAACUGUUGUUGAAUAGCUCUUCAUGCAUUACUUCUGGCGUUGGAGAUGAAACUUUCACCAGAUCGCCAUCACCGAUUGCAUCUUCAAGAUUACAUCUGGGCACCUGCCAUCGAGGAUUGCCUUUCGAUGAAUCCAGAUCACGGGUCUUUUCACAAAGACUUCUCUUCAUUCCAUCAGGCAAAGAAGAAGGCAAAGGAGGCAAGAUUGACAAAGGACCUUAUGGAUUUUUGAUAGAUUUUUUGAUGGGAGGAGUUUCUGCCGCAGUAUCAAAAACAGCUGCUGCUCCCAUUGAAAGGGUCAAGCUGUUGAUUCAAAAUCAAGAUGAAAUGCUGAAGUCAGGCCGUCUUGCAUCUCCAUACAAAGGCGUCGCCGAUUGUUUCAAAAGAACAAUUGGAGAUGAAGGAGUUGGUGCUCUUUGGAGGGGUAAUAUGGCUAAUGUCAUUCGAUAUUUUCCCACACAGGCGCUAAAUUUUGCAUUCAAAGAUUUUUUCAACAAACUUUUCGGCAUGAAGAAGGACAGAGAUGGGUAUUGGUGGUGGUUUGCGGGAAACUUAGCCUCCGGGGGCGCGGCGGGGGCUUCAUCUCUUGCUUUCGUGUACUCCUUGGACUUUGCCCGUACUCGUUUGGCCAACGAUGCCAAAUCUGUGAAGAAAGGAGGUGGAGAAAGGCAGUUCAACGGGCUUGCAGAUGUCUACAGGAAAACCAUUGCUUCUGAUGGAAUUGUUGGGUUGUAUCGAGGCUUUAACAUCUCGUGUGUUGGUAUUGUGGUGUAUCGUGGACUUUACUUUGGUCUGUACGAUUCUCUCAAGCCAGUCGUUCUCGUCGGUCCUCUCGAGGGGAGUUUCGGUGCGAGUUUCUUGCUUGGAUGGGGAAUUACGAUUGCAGCAGGGUUGGCGUCGUAUCCACUGGAUACAGUGCGGCGCCGUAUGAUGAUGACGUCCGGAGAGGCUGUAAAAUACAAGAGUUCAAUGGAGGCGUUCAACAAGAUAGUUGCCAAGGAAGGUUACAAAUCUCUCUUCAAGGGAGCAGGAGCCAAUAUCCUUCGCGCCGUAGCUGGGGCCGGUGUUCUGUCAGGCUACGAUCAGCUGCAGAUUAUUUUCUUCGGCAAGGCUUACAGUGGAGGUGGUGGGUAGCGAACUGGAUCCGGCAACCGUGAUCAAUCUCCUUCAAUUUUUGCAAUGUAGCUGAUAGAGGUCGAUCUUGCGGAGAUUUAUCUGACGUCUAUUGCAUUCCAUUUUCAGAAGCAAUCAGGAUGUGCAGUAACUCCGUGCUUAGUUUUGUACUCGGUUGUUGUCGGUUUGAGAAGCAGCAUCAGCUGCUCGCUUGAAUUCCUGAAACUUUGAUGGGUCCAGGUUUCCAGGUUUUGAAUUUUAUUGAGGUUAAGCACGUGCCCAGCUGGCCAAAAAAUUGUCUUAAAGUUUCAGUUUUGCUAAAUAGUUUAGUCAUUAUCUGAGCUUUCAUGAUCUAUUUCUGUUUCCAUUGCAUGUGUUUCUUACAAGAAGUAAUCAUUUUGGAUGUUGAAGAUGAUUUACUUCU